AUGGAGGGUAGGAGCAUAGAGAGGAAGCAAAUAUCUAUGGAGAAUGUGAGGAAGGAAAGCACAAUUGAAGUAGUAGAAGAUGAAGAAGAGGAGGAAGAUGAGAGUGGGGGUGGUGGUGUUGUAGAAUAUGAGAAGAAGAAAGGUUGCGGAGGGAGUGGGAGAAGAGGGUCAAGUGGUAGUGGAGGAGUUUCUUCACCUUCUUGUCAGGCAGAGGAGUGUGGUGCUGAUUUAACUGCUGCAAAGAGGUACCAUCGCCGCCAUAAGGUGUGUGAGCUUCAUUCCAAGGCACCUGUUGUGAUGGUAGCAGGCUUGAGACAAAGAUUUUGUCAGCAAUGUAGCAGAUUCCAUGAACUGGUAGAGUUUGAUGAAGCCAAAAGGAGCUGCCGGAGACGCUUGGCAAGACACAAUGAGCGGCGCCGGAAAAGCAAUGCUGAAACUUGCAAUGAAGGAUGCAAUAGCAACAAAGGGCAACACCCUAAUGAAAGCCACUGCAGAAACGUUGAUGAUUGGAAAAAAAUUCAGAUGAAUAUGGGAAGGAGUACUGGUUACAAGUCCUUCCAUAUCAGAUGA